CUUUCGUGUAUAUGUGGGAUACAUUACUGACUCGAUACAAACUAAUUUCUACACAACUAAGGACUAACAUGUCUACGUUGCAUUGACUGUGCAUUGUGGAUUGCGGCAGCUGUAUGUCUUGUUGAUUCUUUUUAUUUUGAAGUUGGAAUAAAGGUUGAAUUUGUUUUAUGGCUGGAUACGGAGAACAGGGCUUCAACCCAAACAUGGAUCAACAAGGCUUCUUUCAGACAGACUAUGACCAGCAGCAGGGCUAUGAUGUUGGGGGCCAACAAUAUGGUGCUCCUGCUCCAGCUCCAGCAGGCUAUGAUGACUAUUCCCAGCAAGGUUACGGAGGUCAGCCUCAGAUGCUGUCACCGCAGGUACCCUACACAGGUCAAAUCAUGACCCCUGAACCCAUGUCAUCAGCUGGUGGCAGCUAUUCAGACAGUUUUGAUGAUGAACCCCCUCUCCUUGAAGAACUGGGAAUCAACUUUGAACACAUUUAUCAAAAGACACUUUCUGUUUUGAACCCUAUGAGGGAGACAGACCCUGCAGCAAUCAACGACUGUGAUCUGGCCGGUCCCCUUGUCUUUGCCCUCGGCUUUGGAGGAUCUCUUCUUCUGGCAGGGAAGGUCCAGUUUGGUUACAUCUAUGGUAUUGGUGGUAUGGGCUGCUUAGGGAUGUGGAUGUUGCUGAAUUUGAUGAGUCUUACAGGAGUCGGCGCUAGCUGCAUCGUCAGCGUCUUAGGGUACUGCCUUCUUCCAAUGGUCUGUCUCAACUUUCUUGCCAUCAUCAUCAGCUUACAAGGUAUAAUCGGUACGAUAGCAUCGCUCCUAGCUAUAGGUUGGUGUAGUUUAUCGGCAUCCAAGCUCUUUGUGACUGCAUUAGCCAUGGAUUCACAACAACUCCUCGUCGCCUACCCCUGUGCUCUCCUCUACGGUGUCUUCGCUCUCCUAUCGGUCUUUUAAAUUAAAUAAUAAAAAACUUUUGAUCAAUAUGAGGCUUCAAAAGAAGUCAGCAUGGGAAGAAAACAUGCUUCACAGCAUAUAUGAAUACAGUCAAUCCUGCUUUAGCGACCUUCUGUAUUGAAAGACCACCUGUCUAUAAAGACCACAUUUUUUUGUUUUCCUUAAAAACAGUUUCUCAUUGAAACAUGUACUAAAGGAACCUGUAGUAAAGACCAACUGCCUAUAAAGACCACUUUUCUUGUCUCCCUUGGAUGGUCUUUAUAGACAGCUUCCACUGUAUUUUCCACAAAACUGUGCGCGAAAAGUGGAGCAUCGGAGGUAGAAUUUGGUCAGUAAGUAGCAUGCGUUCUAAUGGCUGUUAAACAAAAUUACAUAGUUGUUAAACAUCUAGGGCAGUUGUGAAAUGUUAAUUACCCUGGUGACUUUUUCUAAGUUUCCUCAUUCUGUUGGUGUUCUGUUUCCAUGGUUAUUUCAGGAAGCUGUCCAACUUCUGAAAGAGCUUUAGACAUUUACUCCUACAUCAAAGUACUUUUUGAUGUGUAUAAGAAAAGUCACAAAAUUAUUUGCAACCUAUAUUACUGGUAUCACUGAUUAUUUGACAAACUUGUUGAAGAUCUUUUCAUGUAGGAUAAUGCCACAUAUCAUCUUUAGAGAGCCAGAAGGGUGUAAAAUGAUAGCAUUUGCUUCUCAUCAAUUCAAUUCAAUUCAAAUUUAUUCAUGUUUCCAACAAAACAUUACAAAUCAAUGAUGAGUAUUUAAAACAUAUUUAAGAAAUACAUGUUGGAAACAGAGGGGUCCACUAAAAAGCAAUGCUUGUACAAGUGUGAACACCUCAUCAGGUGACAUGUAUUUACCUAACAGACUAACAGUGGUUCACAUUAUCAACAUUUUUGACAUUACAUGAUGAUAUCCAUAGAUCUUGUGUUAUUUAUUGUGCUGUCUCUUCCGUUCACUGUAACAUUCUAAUCUACUUGUCAUGAGCUGGAAGAUGAUUCCGAAAAGAUGUUGUUCUCUAAUACCUUCUUAUUUUGAAGACUGAAACAAAAUCAUUGAAAAAAAUUCCUGGUAGUGUCAAGUAAGGAAUGCCAAGCAUCUAUGUUAUUGUUUUGAAACUAAGUUGUGCACCUGUUUCAUACAGCGUUCUUAAAGGUACUCUUCAUAUGUCUUUUUGUAAAUAAAUAUAAAUAUAUCCUCCAUUUUUGGAA